GAGCCGGCGAUGGGCCCCGCGGCGGGGCUGGCGGCGCUGCUGGCGGUGCUGGCGCUCCGGGCGGGGGAGCCGGCAGGGGCCGCGGCGCGGGGGGACACCUUCUCGGCGCUGACCAGCGUGGCGCGCGCCCUGGGGCCCGAGCGCCGGCUGCUGACGCUGCUGCGGCGCUACCUGCGCGGGGAAGAGGCGCGGCUGCGGGACCUGACCAGAUUCUAUGACAAGGUGCUUUCUUUGCAUGAGGAUUCGGCAACCCCUGUAUCUAACCCUCUGCUUGCAUUUACUCUCAUCAAACGCCUACAGUCUGACUGGAGGAAUGUGGUACAUAGUCUGGAGGCCAGUGAGAACAUCCGAGCUCUGAAGGAUGGUUAUGAGAAGGUGGAGCAGGACCUGCCAGCCUUUGAGGACCUUGAGGGAGCAGCAAGGGCCCUAAUGCGGCUGCAGGAUGUGUACAUGCUCAACGUAAAGGGCCUCGCCCGGGGCGUCUUUCAGAGAGUUGCUGGCUCAGCCGUCACUGACCUGUACAGUCCCAGGCGGCUCUUCUCCCUUACAGCAGACGACUGCUUCCAAGUUGGCAAGGUGGCCUAUGACAUGGGGGAUUACUACCAUGCCAUCCCAUGGCUGGAGGAGGCUGUCAGUCUCUUCCGAGGAUCUUACGGAGAUUGGAAGACAGAGGAUGAGGCAAGUCUAGAGGAUGCCUUGGAUCACUUGGCCUUUGCCUAUUUUCAGGCCGGCAAUGUUUCCUGCGCCCUCAGCCUCUCCCGAGAGUUUCUUCUCUAUAGUCCAGAUAAUAAGAGGAUGGCCAGAAAUGUGUUGAAAUAUGAAAAGCUUUUGGCUGAAAGCCCCAAUCAGGUGGUAGCUGAGGCUGUCAUCCAGAGGCCCAAUGUACCCCACCUGCAGACCAGAGACACCUAUGAGGGGUUAUGUCAGACUCUGGGAUCCCAGCCUACUCACUACCAGAUCCCUAGCCUUUACUGCUCCUAUGAGACAAAUUCGAGCCCCUACCUGCUGCUCCAGCCUGUCCGGAAGGAGGUCAUCCACCUGGAACCCUAUGUUGUUCUCUACCAUGACUUUGUCAAUGACGUGGAGGCUCAGAAAAUUAGAGGGCUUGCAGAACCGUGGCUACAGAGAUCUGUGGUGGCAUCAGGAGAGAAGCAGUUGCCAGUGGAGUACCGCAUCAGCCAAAGUGCCUGGCUGAAGGACACGGUUGACCCUCUGCUGGUGACCCUUGACCACCGCAUUGGUGCUCUUACAGGCCUUGAUGUCCAGCCGCCCUACGCAGAGUAUCUCCAGGUGGUGAAUUACGGAAUUGGUGGUCACUAUGAGCCUCACUUUGACCAUGCUACGUCACCAACCAGCCCACUGUAUAGAAUGAAGUCUGGGAACCGAGUUGCAACAUUUAUGAUCUAUCUGAGCUCUGUGGAAGCUGGAGGAGCCACUGCCUUCAUCUAUGCCAACUUUAGCGUGCCUGUGGUCAAGAAUGCAGCUCUGUUUUGGUGGAAUCUGCAUAGGAGUGGUGAAGGGGAUGGUGACACACUUCAUGCCGGCUGUCCUGUCCUGGUGGGAGAUAAGUGGGUGGCCAACAAGUGGAUACAUGAGUAUGGACAGGAAUUCCGCAGACCCUGUAGCUCAAGGCCUGAAGACUAAGGUGUCGGCAGAGAGAAGCUGGUAGAGUCCUGUGGCUUUCCAGAGAAGCCAGAAGCCAAAGGCUAGCCUAGGAGAGGAGAAAGAAGAGCUACCUUCUGGAAGAGAGCCUUGUCAGCAUUGCUUGUUCCUUGUAAAAGGAAGUGGUCUAUACCAGGGAACACCUGAGAUUUUACAUUGUUUCACCUCAAACCAUCAGAGUAGAAUGGAUGGGCAAUACACAGAAAGGAGCAAGAAGGCCAGAGGGAGAAGUUUCUGGGGCUGACACUCUAUGAUAGAAACAGGAUAUAAUCAACAGUCCCUGGGGUUUGGUCAUUGGGGUUUUUGCCACUUUGAGCCUCUACCACAGGGACCCAAAAGUGGCAAUAAAGAUAACUGUAGGAGAGGGGUAGCCUAACUCCCAUGGCUUUUUGCCUUUCUCCUCAAUGACUUGUCCUGAAGACUGAGCAGGGACUAUCUCUGUAAAAGGAGUGUACCUCAUAUGAUUUUUUUUUCAAGCAGGAUGAAACUUUUUUUUAUUAUUUUUUUAAUACAGCCAUUAAAAAAUGUUUACAAGUCAUUUUUCACAAUCAAGAAUAUUCUUACAUUAUAACAUUGAAUAAAAAAUAUAUAUGUGUAAA